UGGCAAUUGGACGAGUCGGUUCGUUGUCGCUGCGAUCUCAAAUCCGAUCAGAUCCUGUCAAUCCGGCGAUGAGGAAACCGAUUCAAGUGCAAGAUAGCUGAUUAAAACAGAAGAAUCAACUCAUUCGCCAUGGCUGAAGUCGAGGCCCGCACUGUGCUCUGGUACAUGACGUUCAUGGGAUUCAUUGUGAACUACAUGAUUCGGAUCAAUCUGAACAUCACCAUCGUGGACAUGAUUGCCGGCAAAGGUGAGGCGGUGCCCCUCAAUCAGUCCUCCCUCGAUCUGGUGAACGCAUCGGACUUUGCCUCUCUUCCGGAUGACAGCGAGAGGUUCUCACUGGAGCGGUGGUUUCUUGAUUGGGCUAAUAUUGGCUAUGAUCGGGAGGGCUUCCACUGGAACGAGAAGCAGCAGGGCGCUCUGUUGGGGUCCUUCUUCUGGGCCCACUGGACCCUGCAGAUACCCGGCGGCAUUCUGGCCACCAAAUACGGCACCAAGCUGAUCUUUGGCUGGUCGAACGGCAUCGGAGUCUUCUGCUGCUUCCUCAUACCGAUUGUCUCCUACUGGAGCUACACGGGUCUGAUUUGUCUGCGUGUCUUCCAAGGCUGGAUAACUGGAUUGGCCUGGCCCUCGAUGCAUGUUCUGACCGCCAAAUGGAUACCGCCCAACGAGAGGAGCAAGUUCGUCAGCGCCUAUCUGGGCAGCUCGGUCGGAGUGGCGCUGUUCUACCCCAUCUUUGGCUACAUCAUCGACUGGACCAGCUGGGAGUGGGUAUACUAUAUUUGCGGCGUUGUCGGCACUCUGUGGUUCAUUGCCUGGCAGUUCCUCGUCUACGACACACCUGCCGAGCAUCCGCGCAUCGCCGACUCGGAGCGCAGAUACAUCGAAAAGUCGCUGGGCGCCUCCGUGCAGAGCAGCAACAAGGGUCCGACGCCCUGGAUGGCCAUAGCUACCUCGCGGCCCGUCUGGCUAAAUGUGGUGGCCCAGUGGGGCGGCAUUUGGGGUUUGUUCACCCUGAUGACGCAUGCCCCGACCUACUUCCGAUUGAUCCAUCACUGGAACAUCCGAGCGACGGGUUUCCUCUCCGGCCUGCCACAUCUGAUGCGGAUGAUAUUCGCCUAUACCUUCUCCAUCCUGGCUGACUAUCUGCUGCGAACGGAUCGCCUGAGUCGCACCAAUGUCCGCAAGCUGGCCACCUUUGUCUGCUGUGGUGUCAAGGGUCUGGUGGUGCUGGCAUUGGCCUACUUUGGCUAUAAUGCAAUGGCAGCCAUUCUGCUGGUGACCUUGGCCACCAUGUUCCAUGGAGCAGUGUCCUCCGGCCCGUUGGCCUCGAUGGUGGAUCUGUCGCCCAACUAUGCGGGCAUUGUUCUGGGUGUUAGUGGCAUGAUUGGAGGCAUGCCGGGUUUCAUCUCACCCCUGAUUGUGGGUCACCUGACCCAGGGUAAUCAAACCAUCGAAGCCUGGAAGAAAGUGUUCCUUCUGAGCUCCGCCAUGCUGACGGGCAGUGGCAUCCUGUAUGUCCUCUUCUCGGAGUCCACGUUACAGCCGUGGAACAGUGGCUGCCACGCACUGCCCGAUGCUGGACUCAAGGAGCUGCAGACCUUAGAGGCGAGGCUGGAGGAUGAGGAGGAAAAGAAACCACUCAACAGAUCAGAUGCCGAUCAUGUCACGACAGAGGCCGAGGCGGAGACGGAGACGGAGACCGAGACCAAAACAAAAUCCAUUCAGCUCUGAAAUGUGACAAUCCAGCACGUCAUCCCCCUCUUUAUUGGCCCCCAGGUCCGUGUUGGUUAUGGCACCCAGUCCGUGGACGCCUGAUAGGGCUUAUCGGUCUGCGAAUCGGGGGAAAUAUUUGCCCACGGAUUUGGGCGAGUUUAGGCGUCUCCAACCUCCAGCUUUAAGUAAACUCGUAAUAAUAACAACAUACCAUGCAUAUAUAGUCGUAAGAUUAGGUUCCUCCAUCCACCCAAUGUCUGUCUGUCCACUGUUUGUGUGUGUGUGUGUGUGCGUGUGUGGUCGUAGUCAAAUACACAAAAGGGAAAAGAUUUAUUA